AACAAUUGCCACGCGACAUGGUUGAAGCUGUUGCUGAGAAAGAUGUCUUCGAUCGGCUGAGCGAGCAAGAGAGCUUCAACUUCAUUCGCGAGAUGGAAGGUCUCAUAAGCUGCCCAAAUUCUGACUGCUCAGGCGGCCAUUUGCAUCCCCAUCCCGAAGAAGAGCCCAUCUUUACCUGCGAGGGUUGCCAUGCUAAAUACUGCAUCCUCUGCGAAGUACCAUACCACGACGGACUCAGCUGUGCAGAGUACAAGCGGCAAGCGGGUCUCACCGAGGAGCAGAAGAAGCAAGAGGCCGCCAUGGCUGAGUUCUUGAGAGAAAAGCUCACGAAGAGGUGCCCAAAGUGCGAGAUUCUCAUUCAGAAGGACAAGGGCUGUGACCACAUGACAUGCACAGUCUGCAAUUCUCAAUUCUGCUGGGAUUGUCUGGCGGACUGGAAUAUAAUUAUCCGGAAUGACAAUCGCCGUCACAAUCCGACCUACAGAUGGCACCCUGACAAUUUGCGCUCGGUACAACAGUCGGGCGUAGAGGAUGAUGAUGAUUCGUAGCAUGAUGAUGAUUCGGAGGAUGAUGACGAUUCAGAAGACGAUGGCGAUUCGGAGGACGAUGACGAUUCGGAGGAUGAGGACCGAUAGUGCAUCCUGGCAAUCUGCCUCUGUGCUUCAGUCGAAUAUGGAGGAUGGUGAGGGCCUGUACAACUAAUCAUCAGGUAUCCGAUAUCUCGAAGCGCUGAAAAGCAUCUAGGGGAUUGGUGAGAAUCAUAGCUCGGUACUAAAGGAUGGACCGGGCCGUAACUAAACGGAAACUAGCCUAGAAAUCCCCCAGACUAAAUCAAUACUACCAGUCCUCCCUCUAGC